AUGACAGACUCCAAAUUUUCCGAGAGACACCCGAAGCUGCAAGCAGCUAUCGCCAAGCGUCCAUUCCCAGGCUUCCCCUUCGUCCCCGAAAACCGCGCAGCACGACGUCAGCACCUGGACAGCUUGAAGCAUAUGCUUCCAGUGCCCGACCCGAUACCAGAGGUCAUUGAAGACACCAUUUUUAUAGAAGCGCGAGAUGGGUACAAAAUUCCGACAAAGUACUAUCGGUCAGCUAUGGAUGGAGACAAGAGACCUCUCAUGGUGCUCUUUCAUGAAGGUGGAUGGGUCAUGGGCGAUGUUGCGGAUGAAGACUCCAACGCCAGGCACUUUACCAGAGAUCUCGGCAUAGUCUGUCUCAACGUGGAGUACCGAUUAGCACCCGAACAUCCUUUCCCUACCGGUGUUCUCGAUUGUUGGGAUAUUCUCAAGUGGGCUGCUGCCAAUGCUUCUGGGAUUGGGGCAGACCCAACCAAAGGCUUCAUGGUCGGCGGAUCGUCUGCUGGCUCAAACAUCGCCGCGUCAUUGGUUCAUCUUUCCAUCAAGGAGCAGCUACAUCCUCCCAUCACUGGUCAAUGGCUUUGUGUGCCUUACCUUCUCCCGCCUGAGAUUGUGCCGGACAAAUACCGACAAGACUACACAAGUAUGUGGGCCAACCGAUCUGACCCUGUGUUGGGUCCUCUUCUUGAGAGCCCUGAAGAUACUACAGCCGGCAGCUUCAUCGAAACGCUACUCAAGGUAGACGUUCGCUCACCUCUCUUCUCGCCAUUUGCGAAAGAGUGGUAUCCGCCUACAGCCGAAGCAAAGCACAAACUACCCAAGACCUUCUUCCAGGUCGCGGGACUGGAUCCUCUCCGAGAUCAUGCCCUUAUCUACAAGCGGGCUUUGGAAGAAGAGUGGAAGGCUCCCACCCGGUUUGAGCUAUAUGAAGGGUAUGGACACAUGUUCUGGACCAACUGGCCUGAGCUGGACAGGUGUCAAGAUUACUGGAAGAACAUGAUCAAGGGCAUUGAGUGGUUGUUGAACGCCUAG